AUGUAUGAAGCUAUAAGACCAUUUGGUUUAUCAACUGUUAAUGAUAUUACAUGGGAUCAAAUCACAAAAUGUAUUGAAUUAUUUCAUAUGGAAAAUAUAAAUGAAAAUGAUUUGUUUCAUGAAUUUAGCGAAAUUCAAAUAAUAUUUAAAGCUAUACAAGAUAAGAACAUUUCUCUAUAUGAUCAAGUUCAAUUAUAUAUUAGUAAUAAAACCAAUGCAAACAUAACAACAGCUUCUUCUAGAAAAUUCUUUUCAGACAAAGAAGUUGAAGAAGAACAACCAGAUAAUGAUGAUGAUGAUGAUUCAACGGAAGAAAAUGGUGAAAAAAAAGAAAUACGACCUGAUCAACUAUGGGCAAUGCUUUUAUCUGUUAAACCCAUACCAUCUCCUAAUCUACACAAGUUCAUUUCUUUUUUAUUCUCAAUUCCUUGCAGUAAUGCAUAUGUCGAAAGUGUUUUCUCGAUAAUGAAACAUUUAUUUGAUGACAAACGAAAUCGUAUGUCAACAGAACUCAUUGCAGCUGAAUUAAAAAUUCGUUUAAAUUCGUCAUUAUCGUGUACAAAAAUUUAUGACUUUCUCUUGUCAAAACCAGAAUUAUUGAAACUUAUCCAUUCGAACGAAAAGUAUUGUACGAAAAAACAACGUGUAAAUUAA